AGAGAGGCAUCAUGGGCUUCUGGAAGACCUCCCCCUUCUUGGCUUUCAGCAUCUUGGUCCUGUGCCAGGCAGGCAGCCUCCAGGCGGCACCAUUCAGGUCUGCUUUGGAGAGCCCCCCAGACCCCACGGCACUCAGUGAGAAGGAAGGCCGCCUCCUGCUGGCUGCUCUGGUGAAGGCCUUUGUGCAGACGAAGAGAAAUGAGCUGGAGCAGGAGCAGGAGGAGAUGGAAGGCUCCAGCCUGGACAGCUUCCGAGCUAAGCGGUGCAGUAAUCUGAGUACCUGUGUGCUGGGCACAUACUCGAAGGACCUCAACAACUUUCAUACAUUCUCUGGCAUCGGCUUCGGGGCUGAAACUCCUGGGAAGAAAAGGGACAUAGCCAGCGGCUUGGAGAGGGGCCGUUAACCCCACUUUGGGGCCCUCCAGGAUGCCAACUGAACUCCUCCCACUCUUUCCUGAUUUCCCUUCUUGCUCCCAUUGAUGAACUUAACGCAUGCAGAUCUUACUUUGUUCUUCAAGCUGGUAUUGGUAGCUUUGCUUAUGACCGAGAAUACUGGGGAUCUCAGGAUGGAAGGGAAGACAGCAGGACUUCUAGCCCAGGUUAGAGGUAAGAGUGAGGGAAGCUUUUUGAGAUCCCAGAGGAUUUCAAGGCAGAGUCCUCCAAUUUCUGCUUCAUCCCUCAUGCUUCAUCAUUGAUGAAUAAACCUAUUUUCU